CCAUGCAUCCGCUCCGCCCCUCCACGUGCCGCCUCGCGGUCGCCACGGCCCACGGACCGGCGCCCCUCCCCUCGCCGUCCGCCCGUCCUUCCCUUCUUUUAUUCCCCACCCCCUCCUCCUCUCCUCGCCCGCCGGCCCACAUCUAUCCACCUGUCCCGUCCGUCUCCACGCGCAAACGGGAGACAAAGAGAGGGCUAGGUCGUCGUCGUGAGGCGGAGAGAUCUGGGAGGAGCGAUGGACGGGAAGCUGCCGCCGCCGAACCCGAACCUUCCCUACCGCGAGGACUGCUGGAGCGAGGGCGAGACGGCCGCGCUCGUCGACGCCUGGGGCUCGCGCUACCUCGAGCUCAACCGCGGCAGCCUCCGCCAGCCGCAGUGGCGGGAGGUCGCCGACUCCGUCAACUCUCGCCCGGGAGCCUCCGCGCGCCGCCGCCCGCCGCGCACCGACAUCCAGUGCAAGAACCGCGUCGACACGCUUAAGAAGAAGUACAAGGCCGAGCGCGCGCGCGGGGGCGCCUCCCCGUGGGCCUUCUACGGCCAGCUCGACCUCCUCGUCGGGCCCACAGUCUCCGCCGGCGGCAAGAAGCCGUCCCCGCCUCGCGCCCUGCCCAUGCUCAGGAGGCGCCAGUCGCCGUCGCGCUCCCUGUCGCCGCCCUCGCCGCCGCAGCCGCCCAUGGCGCUCCCCCUGCCCAACUACCGCCGCGGGUCCAAUCUCCCCUCGGCAGACCUCAUCCAUAAGGCGGCCGCGGCUGCCGCCGCCGCAGCUGCGGAGUCCGACUCGGACGACGGCUACAACAAUAACAACGAGGACUAUGACGAUGACGACGGCUCGCAGCAGUCGGCGUCGCGCUCUGUGUCCUCUCGCUCUGGCGGCGGCGGUGCUGCCGCUCCUGCUGUUGGCAGCAAGAGGAAGACGAGCGGGAGUGGAGGGUUCGGGGAGCUAGCUAGGGCAAUCGAAACAUUUGCGGAGAUGUACGAGCGCAUGGAGGCCGCGAAUCAGAGGCACGCGGAGGAGAUGGAGAGGCAGCGGAUCAAGUUCCUCAAGGACCUGGAGCUGAAGCGGAUGCAGGCUUUUGUGGACAUGCAGCUGCAGCUUGCGAGGGCAAAGCACGCCAGGAAGGGUGACGCUUCCUCGGAGAUGCUCAUGUCUCUCGCUGCGCUGCCGUUCCUCAGCACCCCUGCUUACCUCUGAAUUUAAGAAGUGCUUAGGCAGAGAAAGAUUUGCCUUCUAGAUUAGAAUGCAAUUAGUUGGUUAAUGCGAUAGACUUGUAGUGGAUUGUUCGUGUGUUUAAUUUAUGAAUUUUGACCAUGUUAAUUGUUUAGAUGAACCAUGGAUGUACUGCGGAUGUUUUAAUAUGCCUAAAUUUGCAAUGCAUGGCCUUCCUUUUUUCCUAGAUGAGGAGGGGUUUACUGAUUUAGAACUUGUAAUUGUCAAUUUAAUGUAUGGAUUUAAUCUGGAUCACGUUUUCUUCUUUAUAGCA